CACACACACACGCACUCUCUCUCUCUCUCUCUCUCUUUCCUUUCUCUCAACCAUCAAUAGAGAUGUUCAAUUUUGCAUCAAACAUGUUCAUCGCAAUUCUCUUAACCGCUACAUUUCUGUUCAUCUCAUCUUCUUCAGCCAUCGUCUUCAAUUAUCCUGAAAUACAGAGUUGCGUUAACGAUACGACCUGUGGUUCCGGAUCACUUUGCGGAACUUGCAGCGCUAAUGUUAGUCGAUGUAUUCGUAUUCAGCCUCAUAGUCCAAUUCGUAAGGUGAGAGGAUUGCCGUUUAAUCGGUAUUCGUGGUUGAUGACUCAUAAUUCAUAUGCUAGAAUGGGACAUAAAUCGGAUACAGGAUCGGUUCUACUUGCACCGAUGAACCAGCAGGAUUCUGUUACUGCUCAACUCAAUAAUGGUGUGAGAGGUCUGAUGCUCGAUAUGUAUGACUUUGAGAACGAUAUCUGGUUAUGUCACGCCUUUCAUGGAAAGUGCUACAACUAUACAGCAUUUCAACCUGCUAUAAAUGUUCUGAAAGAGGUUCAAGCGUUUCUAGAAGAAAAACCUACAGAAAUCAUCACCAUAAUCAUUCAAGACUAUGUUACCUCUCAAAGCGGUUUAACCAAGAUCUUUAAAGCUUCUGGCCUGGGCAAGUUUUGGUUUCCAGUAUCUCGAAUGCCAAAUAAUGGUAGUGAUUGGCCCACUGUUGACUCUAUGAUCCAUGAGAACCAGCGGUUGGUAGUAUUCACCUCUAAAUCUUCUAAAGAGGCUUCUGAAGGUAUUGCAUAUGUAUGGAGAUACGUGGUUGGAAGUCAAUAUGGAAGUGAAGGGAUGAAAAAUGGUUCUUGCCCCAACCGUGCUGAGUCAGAGCCUAUGAACACCACAUCAAGAUCACUGGUUUUGUUGAAUCACUUUCCAGACACCCCAGAUUUUAUCGAAUCUUGCAACCACAAUUCAGCCCCAUUAAUAGACAUGAUGAACACUUGCCAUGAAGCAAACGGUGAUCGAUGGCCUAAUUUCAUUGCUGUUGAUUUUUACAAGAGGAGUGACGGUGGAGGUGCACCGGCUGCUAUAGAUUUUGCUAAUGGGCAACUAGUUUGUGGUUGUGACAGCAUUGACUCAUGCAGGCCAAAGAUGGCAUUUGGAGACUGUACUGCACUAGAGGCUAGUCCUGCUGAAGCACCAAAUAUAGUAGCAUCAACAGCUGCACCAUUAACUGCAUCAGCAACAAGAACUGGAGGAGGAUUUGGGAGUAGCUUUGCAAAUUCAAGUGGUCAGCAUCUUCAGUUAGAUUUGUUCGCAUUGGGGAUAAUUUUCAUGGGUGCUUCCGUCUUUUUUUUCUCUAUAAGCGAAUUAGCUGGUGAGCAUGAAGCAAGGACUAGAUCCUCACAGUAGGCAGCUUAGCUGUGAUUAUGAAGUCAGUUGAGAAGUGUUAUGCAAGAGAGAAGUCAGGUAGUGCACUUCUAAACUCGCUCUAAAUUCGAGCUCAAAAGUAGGUGUUAUCUGUAUCAAGAGAACUGGUAGUCACACAUAUACGAUGCAAUUGUGAUUCUUUAGGAAACUGGGAUGCUUCGUGCUUUCUACUUAUUGUUGGUUUUGUAUCAAUACAUCAUAUAUAGCUCAUAUGAAUACAUCUCGAAUAAAUGCAUUAA